CUCUCUACUAUAGGCUGCAGUAUUAUUUUGUACAUUGGAAAUGGCUCUAAAGUACAGCCAGAGGAACGUGGUUAUUGUCAUGAGCUUGGGUUGUGUAACACUUUACACAAACGUAGUUUGUACAUGCUCCGAGUUGUAUAUAUUAAGUCAAAUUCUCAACACUAGACGGAGGAUUUUGCUUACUUAUUCUGGUUUUAGGAGAUUAGUUUUAGUGCUAGAUUUAAUUCCCCUUUAGAUUGUUCAUUAUAUCACUUAUUGAUGUAAGCAUUCAUAUCCCCAUCCUGGGUAGGAUACAUGUUAUCCUGAAAGUAUGAUAAUUAGUCCCCUACCGACGAAGUAGAAGGACUUUAUGUUUGCGCUCCGUCUGUCUGUCUGUCAGUCAGUUCAUUUUUCCGCACUUUUUCUCCCUUUCUUGUAGAUAUUUAUUUGUUGUUCUUGCAGAUAUUCAUUUGGUAUUUGGUACAUUCCUUUGCCAUAACAAGUUACAGAUCAAUUUGAAUUUCGUCUUGGUCCGUUGAUGUUUCACUAAGUUAUGACCAUUGGACCUAGAAAAGUAGCAUGGAUUAUCAGUUUUUUCUGUUGUGCUCAUAAAUAUUCGUUUGAUAGCAUCACUGAAGAGACAUUAUUGGUCGAAAUGCGCAUCUAGUGCAUCAGAAUUGGUACCGUAUAAGUUUUACAUUUGGUACAUUGCUUUAAAAUUAAGGUCUAUGCUCGACGCUUACGGCCUUUGAGCAAGGAUGAAUCUUUAUCGUGCCACACCUUCUGUGACACGGGGCCUCGGUUUUUGCGGUCUCAUCUGAAGGACCGCCCUGCAUUUAGUCGCCUCGUACGACAAGUUUGGGGCAUUGAGGACAUGUUCCAACCCGGAUCCCCACGGGACUAAAUAGAUUUAUAGUUGAAUAGAUCAAUAUUUAGAUAAUCGUAUCUGCAAUUUUAUAUAUAAUCAUUCCAAUUUAAUGAACAAGUGAAGAUAUCGAACGGUGAUCAAUCUCUUAAAUUCCAUAAAGCAUAAACAAUUAAGAGAAGGGCUAACACAUAUCCCUUGACAUACAAAGAUGGGAUUAAGGGCCUAAGAGGAGCAAGCAUCGUUGUUGGCCGGUUACACCCGGCACGAACUCUAUACUUUCAUCAGGUAAACGGAGUUAUCUGUAAUCGAAAUUAGUAUGUCAAGGACACCCUUACUAUUCGUAUGAAACACGCUAGAGCGCAUCCGACCUAAUGACAGGUUGUAUUUGCAAAUUAGACCGUUAUAGCGACCAAAGAAUUCGCAAAUGACUGACUUUAAACGAGACUGUUGAAACCCCUGUAAUAUCAAUUUGCUUGUCAGUCGCCUGUCUCAAUUUAAAAAAAUGAUCGUACACAGAACAUACUCUCGAAGAUCGAAUGAGUUUAGAGACAUAAACACCAUAUGCAUGUGAUAAUGGAAUAUUUCUACAUAAAUAUGGAAAGUUGGCAGGACACUGACAAACAAGUUAAUGAUGCAAGAGUUUCAACAGUCUCGUUUAAAGUCAGCAUUUCGCUAACUGUAAGGUCGUUAUAACGAUCUAGUUUGCCUAUAAAACCUGUCAUUGGGUCAAAUGCUGUCAUACGUGUUUCAUACCAAUAGUUAGGCCGUUCUUGGCACACUGCUUCUGACUAAAGAUUACUCCGUAUACCUGAUCAAGAUAUAGGGCUUCCAGCAGAUGUGACUGGUCGACGGGGAUGCUUACUCCUCUUAGGCACCUGAUCCCACCUCUGGUAUAUCAAGGGGACCACGUUUGCUCAACUCUGUAUUUUGUAUUCCUGAUAGGGGUUGUGAGAUAGAUCACUUUUCGUUAUCCUCACCUUUUCACAAUGUAGAAGCCAUAAAGUUGAGUUAGCCGUUCAUACCUAUCUUCAAUAAAAUAUAAAGAUGGGUUACCAAUUUGUCAUUAAUGUCAAUUUUCAAUGAAAUAACCAAGUAUGAAGCAGAUGUGGAAGACUCUGUGUUAUCUUUUAUCAGAGACAUAUAUAACAGAGAUUACCAACUUCCUCAAGUCUCAUAUUAUCUCACAGUCCCUUGUUUUUCAGGGAAAAUGCACUCAGUGAUUUACAUUACGCAUACCGACUUAAGAAUAAAAGAUAUCGAGUUCAAACCUUCCAAAUCCUAUCACAAAAACAUUCAAGAUACAAUAUUUUAAGAUGUUUCACUUCAAAUUAAAAUGAAAGUGAAGUUUCAAAAUGCGACACAUGGCACCUGAUCCCACCUCUGGUAUAUACAGGGGUCCAUGUUUGCCCAACUCCCUAUUUUGUAUUGCUUAUAGAGUUAUGAGAUUGAUCACUGUUCGUUAUAUUUCCCUUUCAUGAUCCAAACUCGGAAAAAUCGGCGAGAUUUCAGGAAAUGUUUAUGAUUUGCCUUGACGUUUUUGUUAAUAGUAUAUUUGUUGAUCAUCAAAUCACUUAAAGACUUGUUACGUUCGAUUCAAAUUUAUGAUAGGAGUGAAAUAAACAUAAAUCAGCAUCAAUUUAUCAAACCAAUAGAUAGGAAUUAAUGAUUUAUAGGUGGGACCGUCGCAUAUUUUUAGCGGUAGAUAAAUUUGUAUGCCGCCGUCGGAGUUGCUUAUAAAUCUUAUGUAUGUAUCUGCUUUUAUUUCGAGUUCACUGGGAUAUAUGAAUGAAAAUGAGUAUUGUUGAUAAAACGUAUGGGUACUUUUAUAUGUAAUCAUUUCUUGUUAAUGAACAAGUGAAGAUAACGAACAGUGAUAGAUAUCAUAAAUCCUAUUAAAACAGAAUUAAGAGAAGGGUAAAAACGGACCCCUGAAACAUACCAGAGGUGAGAUCAGGUGCCUAAGAGGAGUAAACAUCUCAUAUUGACCUGUAGAGAACGUCUUAAAAAUUCGUAUUAAGUACGCCAGACAGGAUUCGACUCGGUGAUAGCUUGUAUUUACAAAUUUGAUCAUUAUAUAGUUUGAAUAGAGAAAUUUUGGUAUAGAUUCAAUGUUUGAACUAAUAGAUUAAAUGCUUAUAAACGUGACUUGUAUCGGAUUGCACUUAUGUAAAACUUGUACGGUACCAAUUUUGAUGCACCAGAUGCGCAUUUCGACAAAUAAUGUUUCUUCAGUGAUGCUCAAGCUGAAAUAUUGGAAAUCCUAAAUAACAAUAAACUUGUAAGAACUAAAAAGAAAAACAGAAUGCCAAAGACUGGAGUGAAAUUCAUCUAAGGAUCAGAGCUAUGCAUGAGGGAGAUAAUCCUUGAUUUUGAAAUGAACUUCUAAAUUUCAUCACUGCAAUUAGAUAUACAUCCGUACUUUCAAGCUAGUAACGAAGUACUUGGCUACCGGACUGUUUUCAAUGAUUUUUUAAAAGAUACGAAGUCAUUAUGUAAUAAAUCAAUAAAUUUUGUAGAUACGUUUUCUUGCAUACACAAGGGCAAUACUACAGACCACAUUACAAGAUGUAAUACUUAGUAUUUAAGAACAAUAUAUUUUAUUCUUAGCUUGUCUAUGGACAUCUUUAAAAUUCCUUUGAAUGAUAUAUAAAAACAAUAUUCAAAACCAAUUGAUAUUUUUAUCUCAACUUUUGUAUUUCGAUUUUUCCAACUGCCCAAUUGUUAAAUCAUUAGAAAAUAUUUAUGUGGUUUACUUGACUCCUAGCAUUACGAUACGGGUCAUAUGACGCAAUUGUUUGUCAUUGAUUUGUUAUCUCUUUGAAAAAAUAAAGCAGUACAUAUGAUAUGCUUUCAUUAUGAAGUAUUGAUACUGUACUGAACGCUCGAGAUAACUAGCGAUACAUCACAAUGUCGGUGUAGAUUUGUACUUCAAACUACUCGUCCUAUGAUAUACCGGUAACUUCCCUCUUACAUUUUUUUAUGAUGAAGAACAGUAAAUCAGAAACUCGUGAGGGAUAUCUCUGGAUUUUUAUACCUUUGUGUGCAGCAGAUUUUUGUCUAUUCUUCUCUAAUGUGAUAUGUACGUACACGUUGAACGAAUAUGGCCAUGCUACAUUUUGGGAUAUAGAAUUUCCAAACAGAACUGUUUCCAACAAUACAGGUGUGUCUCUGUGUGAUACAAACACGUCCUCACAAGAAUACCAGGAUGAACAGGUUGUCCAAAAGGCUGUGUCUAGGUGGAACCUGUACAUGUCGAUAGCUCUUGGAGUACCCCUGGUACUGUCCAGUUUAUUAUUAACUUCACUGAGUGACUAUAUGGGACGAAGACCAUUUCUUUUCCUUGGAAUGUUUGGUAUUUGUAUUAAGCAGCUAAUGAUGACCCUAGCAAUAAUUCUGAAAUGGAAUUUGUAUCUCUUCAUGCCAUUUACAUCUAUUGAUGGUUUUUGCGGAGGAUGGGCGGUUCAGCUUGCCAUCGCUAUGUCUGUUGUCUCAGACCUCACAAGUGCUGGAAAGAAACGGUCUUUUCUGAUUGCAGUUUUAAGCUUUGUGAUUGGCGUCGGAAUUUCCCUUGGAACUUUUGUUUGUGGUUUCAUUGUCGUACUUCUAGGGUAUGACUACUCCAUGGCAACAGCUUGUGGAAUGGCGGCUCUAGGUUUCAUUAUUUCAUGCUUCAUUCCCGAGACACUAUCAAAAUCAGAAAGGAAGCAGCAUAACUUUAGCUGUAUGGGGAAUAUCAAAGACAUUUGGAAAUUUUACACGGAACAAGAUAGCAAUCAUUUGGGCUCAACGCGAUGGAAGUACAUCACUUCGGUGUUUUCGUUCAUUUUUGUAAUUAUGGGGAAGAUUGGCGCUUUUGCAAUUGAAACAUUGUAUCUUCUGGAUUGGCCAUUUUGCUUCAGUCCAGAGAAAAUUAGUACAUUUGAGACAGUGAAAUUGUGUGUUUCUGAGGUAGUAAUUUUAGUGGGUAUUAAAGUAAUGCAACAGUGCCUCACGGAUGAAGCCAUUGCCUUUCUUGGCACGAUAUCGGGCGUCUCUGGUUAUGUCUUCUUUGGAAUAGCGUCAUCGCCUAUCUAUUUGUAUGUAGGGGCUGUUGUUGGUGUUAUGGGGAUGAGUGUUAUACCUAUGAUCAGAGCAACUAUGUCAAAGAUGACUUCUCCUCACAAUCAAGGUGCUAUGUUUGGCAGUCUAGCAGUUGUGGAGAACAUUUGUAAUUUGUCGGGUUCCGUCCUAGGCAGCGCCAUUUACUCGGAAACCGUGUCUUUCUACAAGGGAACAGCGUACCUCGUGUUUGCCGGUUUCCUGUUCUUAGCUGUGGUACUGUUAAUGUUUUUGGUGAAAGACUCCAUACAGAAGCAGUGCCAUAAAGGAUACAGUCCGAUAUCAUAACGAAUUGACCCGAUUCAUUAUAUAAAAACCAAGAAAUAUAAAUUGUAUAACCUAUGUAAUCUCAUAGUCAUACAACAGCCACAGAUGUGUACUUUAUCGCCGUCUUUUUGUCAACUGUUACGUAAUCCAGUAUAUAUACAUACCUACAUUAAGCACCCCCUUUCGUAGACAACGAGAAGAUCACUGGAUCAGGACCCUAGGCACUGCAUUUCCAUAUGGAUGCAAUGAUAAUGUAUAUGAUGUGGGAAAUUUGACUAGUCCACAAGGAAAUAACGUUAAUGUGAUGGGACUCUUUCCCAAUACCCAAAGACGAAAACGCAGUCACGGACAUCGUUCAUAUAAAAGACCAAGUAUAAAUGAUGUCACGUUUGAUUCACUUUUGCCUCACGUCAACAGACAAUUGGGUCCACAUCAUAUUCGUACAAAACUUUACUCUAUUCCAUUGAGGGUUUUACAUACUUUAUUUGAAGAAGCUAUGGCUAGUCUAUACUUGGAUUUUUCAACACCUGAAUAUAGACUGCACUCUAUGAUUAUGGAUGUUGCCUACCACAGGCUCUAUAAACCAGCAUGGAACAUGGAUGCUAUUCCUUCCAAAUCAUGACGUCAGUUCCUUAAGCUCAAAUUUACAAACAAAGGAAUAGAUGCCGUCAACAUAAGCAACAUUCUUCGUCAUAAAAGGGUUCAGUCGUGUAUUCCUACUUAUUUCAAGUUCAAGUCUACACCCUGUAUUUCCUACAGCUAUACUUCUACUAUUGCAUCCAAACUCUUUAAUUAUAAACAAACUUUGCAGUGCUUAGAUAUAGACCAUCUUAUACGUAAUCCACCAACA